ACAGGUCUAGGACAACUCGUACCGUCAACUCAACCAACUUUACCAACUCAUACCUUUGCCGAGUCGCACCUCCGACAACUCCUCCUCCAGUAAAGACAACUUGUAGUCGUAGGCCCUUAGCCUACCACUGCAUACCUUAUACAUGUUAUACAGCUCGUAUCUUUAGGCUUUAUAGAAAUCAGAUAUGUCAGGGCUUGCCCACUCUCAGACAUGUUAGAGUCAGAGCUUAUUAUUAAAUUGCAAUCAACUUGAACAUUUGGUUUUUUGGUUUUAAUUUGGUUUUUUAGCCAUGUGUUCGUCACCUAGCUUGCCGUUUUGGCUACACUGCCAUCCCUGCAUACAUGUAUGUGCAGUACAUGCCAGUAUGGUGACAUUAAUUUGCCACAUGUUGACGUCAAGCAUGAGCACGGUCAGGCAACUGGUGCUGGUCAACGUCAUUCAGUGUCAUUGCAUGCCAUUUGGAAUCUUCUGAAUUACGAAUAUAAAGGUAUGAGUGGUCUUAACUCGAGGUACAUAUAUGAGUUGUCCAAGGUACGAGUUGCCCAUGAUAUAUGAGUUGUCCAAGGUACGAGUCAUUCAAGGUACGAGUUCAAGGUAUGAGUUGACAUACAACUUGAAUGUUGGGGCAAAUUGUCAAUCGAGUGGUGAGUGCUUGUGGAUUACCUAAAAAGUACAUUCACAUUGCACCCACCUUUUUCUCCUUUGGAAAUUAAAAAAGUUAAACCGCUUUCGCGGCCAUGCACAGUGUUGGUUGGGGCGGCCAGAACACCGUCCACUAGUCUGCAUGCAUGAUGUAUCAUUGCAUCCCUAUUAACACGAUACCUGGAUGCCCCCAGAAUUGUGGGGUCCUACAUGUAUGUCCGCCCCACUCCCAUGUGAGAGCGGUGGGGCAGAUGUCAGACCCCACAAGUCUGGGGGUAAUCCCUGGCAAGUUGAUUCACAACAUAACAUGACACAUGCAAAUUUACCCAAACACGAUAUGCAAUCUGUGUUAAACGCCCCAAACUCCAUCAUGUAGGCAAUUUGCUUUGAAUGGUUGAGUUGUUUAACGGAUGACUUGGUAAACAGUCGAGUUGUGCCACUGGUCGAGUUGUCUCAUUGGUCGAGUUGUCCCAAGUCGAGUUGACAAAUGAUUGAGUUGUCCGACAUCCAUGUAUCCAGCCAUACGUUAUGUCUUGACUACAUGUACCAGUGUUGCGUCCAUCCAUCUGUGCUACAGUUAGGCAGACCCAACUAUGGUACAUGUAACUUCUACAGACCUACUGAAAGAAAACGUUAAGAGAUACCCAAACAAAAACAGUGGGAAUUUUGUCACUGGAUUCGACGUACAUUCCAAGGAGGCUAAAAUUAAGAGGAGGGAGCGAGCCAGGAGAUUUGGAAUCAAGUCACCAGAUAAAACAAGCAAAACCGAGAAGCUGUCCUCGGUGAUUCUUCCACCAGGCUCUACAAUCGGCGGUCACAGGGUUCGCGCAGAGGCCAUUUUCAUUUUGGGUGUUGACGAGAUGAGCACACAAGAUGUCUUCAACUAUUUCAAAGAUUAUGAUCCCUCAUCAAUUGAGUGGAUCAACGACACGUCGUGUAAUGUGGUAUGGCUGGACCCCCAUUCCGCUGCCAGGGCGUUGUUCAACAUGAGCCAACCCCAGCACAUCCUGCCCCAGCAAGUACAUGUACUUCCCCCGCAGCCCUCACCACCCCCAGUACGGGAAGAACAAGAACCAGAACCCAUGGAACAAGAGGAGGAAGAUGACGAUGACGAUUUCUUGGAUCUCGUCAGUGACCGGGAAACAGGGGAGCAGGAGAGACAUCGACGCAGUACCAGCCGCUCCCCAAACCCGACCCCCUCUGCUGCCCCCUCUGCUCAUUCCCCACCCACUUCGUCAACACUGGGGAGAAGUAUGGAUGACAACAGUACAAUGGAGGAUGACAUGGACAUGGGCCCAGUCCACCUCAGCCACGAGGAAGCCACUCGUACAGGCUUGCCUUGCCCUGAAGCCGAAAAGGAGCUGGUCAUGCGAUAUGCAACAACAGCUGACAAGAAGGUUUUUGACCCUAGCCACCGCAGUCAGUACUACAUCAAGUACGGAAAUCCUAAUUUUGGAGGCAUGAAAGGACUCAUCAGUGGCUCGCUGAAGAAAAAAAUUAGAGAGGGUAAGUUUGUCCCGGGCCAACGCAAGCGUCGCUAUGGCGACGACGAUGCCUCAGACGAUGAGGACAGACAGGAGUACGCGCGGAAGCGGCGUAACCAUGGCAAUGGGGAUGACUCACAGAGUCACCGGAGGAUGGAAGAGAGAGACUCGGAUGAUGGCGACAGUGUGGAGAUGGAUCUUCGGCUGCUGACGAAGCCGGUUCAGCCGCGCCGACCGAUGAGGAUGUACGCCGACGAUCUGGAGGAUCAGAUCAAGGCAGUGAGUAGAAAUAAGCCUGCGGUUGCAACACCCCAGAUGACGGAUGCCAGGGAAAGGCUCAGAAUGAACCACCCUGUAGCCACCAGCAGGCAGGGUCUCCUAGCUUACCAGGCCAGUGACGACAACAGUGGCAACAGCGGCAAUGAGAGCGACACGGGUGGCGGCUUCCUCACCGGCUCCAUUCCCAACCUGAAGAUCAUGCUAUCCAAUGACGGCAAUGCUUGGGAUGAUGACGACGACGAUGAGGAAGAUGAUGACGAUGAGGGAGAUGACGCGGGAGCGGGAAAUGAGGUGGCUCCACCCAGAGGUCUCCCGGAUCUCAGGAGCCGGCUGAAAAAUCGGCACUCCCAUCCACACAUCCUAGACACCCUUCCCUCCUUGUCAGUACAGGUGGAUCGAGAUGAUAUCUGAUAAGACAACAAUCACAAAUCUGAAAUAGCUUCUCCCUUUGAAAAUAAUUGAUCUUGAACUGUACAUUAGAUGUUAAUAUAAGACAUUGUUGUAAUUAAAGAUCACAGAAUUCUCCAAAGGGUCAAUUGGUAUUUUGUUUGUCAAACUUGAAAAUAAUAAUCUGUGAGCCGAUGCAUUACCGUGUCAGUGCAGUGAAAUGCUGAUGGGUUAGCCAAUUAGCACCAUUUUUUCUAUCAAGCAUUAUACAGUGAGAUUUGUCCCAAAUAGCCUGCUCCUUCCUUGAUACCAUUUUUGAGUUGGAACAGACCAGCAGUGUUGAUUGUUGAGGGAGAACUUGUGACCACUACAUUGUAAGUCAUGACAGGGUUGAGUAGCCAGUUUAUAGAAGAAGACAUCUCAGCGAAAUGCCUAUGUUUGUUUAGACAAAAAAAAUUGAUUUCUUACCAAGCUAAAUGGACAUGCAAGUAAUGCAAAAAAUAGUUGUAUUUAUUAUUUGUGCCAGCGGGGCACGUUGGCACUCUUUGUACAAAUAAAGCUACAUGUACCUAUGUGUGGCCAAAAGUGCAUCACCUUCAAAAUUUAACUCCAAAGUUCACAUUGUAGAAACUGUUGAAGCUGUUUAUCUUCGCAGUGGCAUCUGUGCCACUGUGAGCAGCCAUCUUGACACAGUUUCUGCAUGCCAUAAUUUAACUUAAAUUUGGCAAUUGUUAACAUUUAUGCUCAUAUUUUUGCUGGUGAAUUAUGGCCCUAGCAAAUUCAAUUCGUACUGAAUGAUCACUGACAACCAGUUCCCAGGGUCCAAUAUCAAGUUUUGGAAAAUUGUCUCACCAUUUAAAAGGUAAAUGGUACCAGUUUUUGUCUUCUUUUCCUACUUGUAGAAUUUCCUCUGUAGAUAUGUAAUGCUAUGAUGUAGGAAAAAAGAGUUGUACUAUUUUAUCUCAGAUUCAGUUAAGCAGAUUUCCAAUUAAGAAAGAAUACUAAAGAAAAUGUAUUACGUGGAAUUCUUUUUAAAAAAAUUGCAAGUACUUGAGAUUUGCAAUAGAGAUCCAGGUGCCAACUCCAGAUUGCGUUUGUAAAUAUACUGUUUUAAGAAUACUCCAUUCUUUUUCACAAGUGUCUGAUAAUCUGUAAAAGUUUGUAACCUUCUAUAAACCCUAACAGUCCUCAGUCCUCCAACAGGUGAAGGAUUGAAGACUGUUAGGGUUAAUUAUGACUUGCAUUUUUAACAUGACUGUCUCCAUUACUGGGAUGUAAACAAACUUGUGGGGCUCUCCUAAUCUAUGCUCCCUCUACUGUGUAAGUGUAAAGAAUUUAUUUAUUGCUAACGGGAACUAUUGAGCAAUUUCAAAAUUGUGAAGUUUCAUUGAUGAUGAAUAGAGAUGAACUUAUGAAGGACAGGUGUACUGUGAGCCCUGAGAGGCUUUGAGGUUCAGCUAUUACUUUAGCUACCAGAAGUCCCAGAACUCUCCAUAUUUCCCCUCUGGGGAAGAUGGAAGAUUAUCAAUGGCAAAUACAGGGUGUGUGCCCUCAACUCUUAGAGGAUAUAAAUAGAUAAAGUUCCAGGAAAUGUGCUUAGACACAUCCCUUCUGAUAAAUAUUGAUGUUUGCAUGUACAUGUACAAGGAGAAAUAAUUUUGCCCACAUUUUCCCCCGGCCAAAUGUCGCUGAAUGUCCAACAGUGGGCCUGAAUUUGAGCACAGUCAGAUCCAAAAAUGUGACCAAAUCCACACAAAAAUCACUCAGAUUCAUCCCACCUCAGCUUUAAAUAGAGAACUUUAUCCCAUUUCCUGAUUUGCAGUGAUAAAGUUGAAGAAAAACACCAUCAACAAAUUUCAUCAGUAGGGUCUGGAGGCGAGGGGCAUCAAAGUUUGUCUCUACUCCUUAAUGGAUUUUCUAUUUAAAUUCAGAAUUUUGUCCAUUUAUAAUUCACACAUUAUCAUCAAAAAUGGCUUAUGCUUGCCGACUCUUGUACCUGAAGAUGUAAAAAUAUGGAGUUAUAUUAUUAAAGGAUGGGGUAGCAGAUGUGUAUAGAAAUAUUCUGACAGAAUAUACUCAAAUUAGAGGACUGGGAGGAUUUAAUAAAGAGUAAAGAUAUCAGUGGGCUGAAAAAUG